AUGCAAAACUUGUUUGAUGAUCUUGAAGAUGACUGUCCGUGGUAUUACUUCGAUAGUUCUUACAAACUGCUUCUGGGAGCUUGCCUUUUCAUAUUCGGUGUGUUCGGGGUGCUGCUCAACGGUUGGCUUUUUGCCACAUUCAUCCACAGUCACCUGCUUGUAUAUAGGAGUCAUAUUCUGGUACUUAAUUUGUGCACAGCGUCCCUUGGUCGAAAUCUCGUUGGAUUUCCAUUUGCUGGAUCAUCAGCGAUAGCAAAAAGAUGGCUUUUUGGUCCGUCGUGCUGUCAGCUAUUUGCAUUUCUGAAUCAAUUCUUUGGUGUCUUUCAAAUGACUGCAUUAUUUGUGGCAGUUUUCGAGCGAUAUUUAUUAGCAAAGUUCUUCAGACGUGAGAAAUCACUGUAUGCACGAUUUUAUUGGUCAUUAGUGGGCGUCAGUUGGUGUAAUUCUGUAAUAUUUGCAACUCCUCCUUUAUUUGGAUAUGGAAAGUACUCUUGUGAUGCUACUGGAACCACUUGCACCUUCCUCUGGCCAUCGUCGUCUUCGGGAGCUAAACACAUAGGAUACAGCAUACCUUAUAUAAUCAUAUGUGGUGUAGUACCUGUCAUUGCUAUAUUUUGGUAUAUGGGGAAGGCUGUUCGAUUGGAAAGGAUAUUCUACAAAGGAGAACAGCAGAAGGAACAAACACGACUAACACAGAGUCUUCACGCAAUCUGUGUGGUUACCCUAGCAUUAUGGAUCCCUGCAGCCAUCUUGGUUGGUUGGCAAUGGCUACCGUUACUUAUAUACGGUUACAGACCACACGUUCCACCUGCCUUGGUUUUGAUUGCAUCCAUUUCUUCAGAGGCGGCAACAAGUGUACCAGUUCUAUGUUUUCUUGCCGGAGAUGAGAGGAUCCGCGCUGCUCUUCUUGGACGUAUGCGCAAACAUUACGCCCUGCUGCAACCAGAACGAGCCAAGCGGUAUAACAGAGCAUAGCAAGAGGAGGAAAUACCCUUGAACAUAUACAUGUCCAUUGGGUCCCAAUCGGAGGUCUCUCAAUUGACGUUCUCCCAAGAAACGGCCAGCGGUAGUACCUACGUGAUGCUAUAAAACAAUUUUGUAAACAUUUGAAAUGUAUCCCUACGCUUAUAAUAAAAGUUUAAGUUACAUAGACUGUCUAUUUCUACUCACAAUUCUAACAUUACUACUACGUUGUCAUUUGUAGUGUAAGUACAUAUGCUCAUGUAUAGCUCCACCGAGUACUUGGAUAGACAAUGAGUGAAGCAGAGCAUGAAACAACUGGUGUUGUGGCUAAGACUCAAGAUGCAACUUGAGAUUCAGGUUUCGUUCUCAUCAGGAUUGCAUUGAGACUUGCCAUACGUCUUCGUUGUAUAGUGCUUCACACUUGCUCCUUCACGUUUCUGAUAGAUCAGUACUAAGAAGAACUUUCAUAGGAUUAUAAAAGAUGGCGGACGCUUGCGUGUGGAACGACGUAUUUACUAAUGAUGAGAGAAUUGUUUUGCAACAAGGUUACUUAAUUACAGGAGGAGCUGGAAGAGCAGGCGCAGGCCGAGCUUGCGCUGCGCGUGGAGGGGCUGCACAGCACGAUGGCCGGGCAGGCGCGCGAGCGCACCGCCGCGUCCUGCUAUAUCUGCUCCAGUGCCGUGCUCUCCUCCCACCGCCUCUGCUGGCGCCUCUCGAUCACCGGGAUAAAGAACAAUAUCAGCCCACUCAGUGAUAUUGUACCACCGGCCACGUAAAAGCCCGGCGCGUACGAAUGUAGCGUAUCAAACAGCCACCCUGUAAAAUACAAAAGCAAUAAAAUAAUCUGCUGAAGAAAUCAAUGAAAUCUUGUAAUUAUUUCAAAGCAACCAUUUGGUGAGAAUUACCUGCAAAUGGUGGUCCAAUUAAGGAAGCAAUUCCUUGGAAUAAGAGGAGAAGACCAAAUGCGUUUGUCAGUUUCUCGAUCCCUAGUAGGUCCACAAGCACAACUGAUGUCAGUCCUACGUAUGCACCGAUGGUGAAGCCAAACGUCGUAGCAUAUAAAGCAAGACCCCAAAACUCCCAGCACGCCAUGGCCAUUGCCGUACCUGCAAAAAUAUAAUGUUCAAAAUUCGUUCGUAUUCAUAAAUUCUGCCAAAUUUGUUAAAGAAAACCAAUUCAGUACACGUACCAAUUCCUGCAAUUGUAAGGCACAAAUUAUAAGCCAGUAAGCGGUUUACCCACGGCUUAUCACUUAUGUAACCGAGAAUUAUUCUGCCCACCAAGUUAGAUCCCCCGAUUAUGGAAAUCAGGUAUGGUGGAUUCUCAACUCCAAGCGCUUCGCUCAUUGGUACAGUGUAAACAUACGGUAUGUAAAAACCGAUGCUUGUUAAAAAGUUAGAUACGGCGAAUAAAAUAAAUAUUGGAUCUACGAGGAGCGAUACAUCGAGCAUUUCUCCGAGUGCUGCUUUAAAUUCUGUUGAGCAAGGCAACCAUCCACAUUUCACUUCUGGUUCUUCUUUCGUAACACUAGUGAUUGUUCUUUCAGGAGACGUUGAUCUAAACCUGGCUAGACUUGUCAUACUGCCUUGAUAUAGAACGUCCGGCCUUUGCAUGAUACCACUACCGUGCCGCGAGGGCGGAGGUUUCUGUUCAUGUGGUUUAUUCAGAGCAGGUUGGGAUAAAGUUAACCUCGCAAUAUCAUUGUCAUCGACUUUUCCAUUUGCUCUAAGGACGUGCUCUGUACUCUGAGAUCUUUUUAGUGGAGACUUUGGUUGUUUGGGUAGCAUAGGUUCCGAUGCUGGAGUUCUUGGGGGUUCAGGAACAGGUUUAAAUAUAAGGCCUAAUGGCACACAAUUCAGUAUUAAGGCACCGAUGAUAGCCAUAGCACCGCGCCACCCAUAGUUUUCUAUUAAAGCCGAUGUGAUUGGUGCGAAUAAAAAUGUUCCUAGUCCGGAACCACAAACCGCGAUACCUGGAAAUAAAAAUCAUGAUUUAGAUUAUCAGUUUUCAGGAAGAAUAAAAUUGUUUACAUUUAUUUUUAAGAUUUAAACGGCUUACCAGUAGCAAGACUUCUGUAGCGUUCGAACCAUACUGUUACACUGACUAUAGCGGGAAGAUAGAUAAGACCGAAGCCGAACCCUGUGCCGACCCCGAUCGUGAAGAUGAGCGUGAGCACGUUGUUCGCGAAGGCCGAGAGGACGACACAGGUGGAGGCAAGCAAUGCGCCUGCCACCGUCACCGCGCGACAUCCCCACCGGUUCACGAACGAACUUGAUAUGGGCCC